GCCUGGGACCCGGAUGGCCGUUUAGUCGGUGCCGAGACGCCGAGGCUCCCACAUCGGGCCCUGGAAAAAAAAAAUAAACAAGGGGGGGGGGACCCGCCGUAAUCCGCAUCCAUCCUCCGCUUGGCGCCCCCAUCCGCUCUCGGGAAGCCCGUAUCCGGAUAGAGCGGACCGAGCCCGAUCCGAAGAGACAGAGGCACGUUUCGCGAGGCGCCAGGAGGAACCAACGUACUCAAUGACCUUCCAGCGCGAUGUCAGAUCGUUUGGGGCAAACAGCAAAGGGGAAGGAUGGAAAAAAGUAUUCGUCGCUCAACCUGUUUGAUACGUACAAGGGAAAGUCCUUAGAGAUUCAGAAACCCACAGUAGCCCCUCGCCAUGGCUUGCAGAGUCUCGGGAAAGUUGCCAUUGCCCGGCGUAUGCCACCCCCUGCGAACCUGCCAAGCUUAAAAGCGGAGAACAAAGGCAAUGACCCCAACGUCUCACUAGUACCAAAAGACGGGACAGGAUGGGCAAGCAAGCAGGAACAGUCAGACCCAAAGAGUACCGAUGCCUCGACAGCUCAGCCGCCGGAAUCGCCGUCGCCGCCGGCUUCACAGACGUCUGCCUCAAACCCACCGAAACGACCCCCAACAGCACCCGAGAAUCCCCCUACAGUAGCAAGCGGGGUAAAGUCUUGGGCACAGGCCAGCGUUACCCAUGGAGCGCAAGGAGAUGGUGGAAAGGGAUCAAGCCUACUGUCGCGAUUCUCUCGCGAGGAAUUUCCGACCCUGCAGGCGGCUGGAGACCAGGACAAAGCUGGCAAAGAAAAGGACACUACCGAUGCGUCGUAUGGGCCCGGACCAAACCUCCGCCCCCAGAAUGCGACGAGCUGGCGGGAUGGAGGCGGGCGGGGCACUGACGGGGAGGUGCCCGAGCAGCACCCCGGAGCCCCCGACGGGCGGGCCGGGGUGGGCAUGCAGCCCUCCGCCCCGCCCCACUUCCCUCCCUACCGGGGCAUGAUGCCACCAUUCAUGUACCCCCCGUACCUCCCGUUCCCGCCUCCGUAUGGGCCGCAGGGACCUUACCGCUAUCCCACCCCGGACGCACAGAGGUUCCCCCGGCUGGCUGGGCCCCGCCCCUCACAGCCCCCCCAGCGCGCGGCGGAGCCGGUGAGCCGCCCGCCCGUGCUCCGGCAGGACGAUCUGAAGGAGUUCGACGAGCUGGACCAGGAGAACGACGAAGGCUGGGCAGGCGCGCACGAGGAGGUGGAUUACACCGAGAAGCUGAAAUUCAGCGACGAAGAGGACGGCAAAGAGUCUGACGAGGAAGGGGCCGAGAAACACCAGGACAGCGAGGGGCCGGGCCCCGAGGGCAAGAAGGCCAGCAGCCCCAAGGAGGAGCUGCCCCCUGUCAAGGCGGCCUGGGCCGAGGGCGCCCGCCCCGAGGGGGCCAAGGAACCGCCCGCCGCCCCCGCACCUCGCCCCCCGCCACCGCCACCCCCACCCCCCAAUCGGGGCAACUGGGGGCAGCCCAACGACUUCCCAGUGGUGGGAGGUGCCCGGCUCCCCCUGACCCCCACCUGCCCCCAGGCGCGCCCCCCGGCGCCGGAGGACGAGGACGAGGCGUGGCGCCAGCGGCGGAAGCAGUCCUCCUCGGAGAUCUCGGCGGCGGUGGAGCGGGCGCGCCGGCGGCGGGAGGAGGAGGAGCGGCGCAUGCAGGAGGAGCGCCGGGCCGCCUGCGCCGAGAAGCUCAAGCGCCUGGACGAGAAGUUUGGGGCCCCCGACAAGCGCCUCAAAGCCGAGCCCCCCAAGGAAGUGCCCGCCCCCCCGCCGCCCCCCCGGCCGUCGCCAGCCCCCCGGCCGCUGCCCCCCCGGCCCCUGCCCCCCCCAGAGGAGACAAGAGACCAGGAGGAGCCAGCCCCGGUCAGCAAACCCCGCAGCAGCGGCAGCAGCACCAGCGGCAGCUUCGACGCCGGGCUAGCUGAGCCCCCUGCGGCGCCCGCCCCCAAGGAGGUGCCCGAGGUCCCGGAUGAGCCAUUGGUGGUGCCGGCCCCCCCUGUGGCCCCUGCCGUGCCCAAGACAGAGCCCAAGGGCGAGACUGUGGUGCCGCCACGCCAGCCGCCCCUGGCCCAGAACCUGGGCUACUCCAAGUACCAGAAGUCUCUGCCGCCCCGGUUCCAGCGGCAGCAGCAGGAGCAGUUGCUGAAGCAGCAGCAGCAGUGGCAGCAGCAGCACGGGCCGCCCCCGGCGCCCGCCUCCCCCCAGCAGCAGGUGGCAGCGGCUUCCCUGGCGGGCCUGGGCCCCUCGCCCGGUAUCCACCCUCCGCAGGGGGCGGGGCAGCAGCAGGCCCCGCCCCCCCAGCAGCAGGCCCCGCCCAAGGCCAUGUACCCGGGCUCCAUGGGGCGCCCCCCGCCCAUGCCCCAGAUGAACUUUGACCCCCGCUGGAUGGUGAUCCCGCCCUACAUGGACCCGCGCAUGAUGCAGGGGCGGCCGCCCAUGGACUUCUACCCGCCCGGGGUGCACCCCUCUGGUCUUCUCUCCCGCGAGCGCUCGGACAGCGGGGGCUCCAGCUCGGAGCAGUUUGAGCGCCACCCCCAGAUCCUGCGGGAGCGGGGCACCCCACCCAUGGACCCCAAGCUGGCCUGGGGGGGAGACGUCUUUGCCGCCGACCCCCGGCCCCUCGCCUCGCCCCUCCGGCAGCCAGAUGAGGAGGAGAAGGGCCUGCGGAGCGAGACGCCCCCCGUUCGCCUGCGGGAGGCCGCCACCCCCCAGCCCUAUGUGGGCAGCUACCCGGCCUUCACUGAGAACGGCGCCCCGGCCCCCCUGCACCGCUUCCCGGGGGACGAGCCCCGCCCGGGGGGGCCCUGGCCAGCCAGCCUCGCCCUGCCCCCCAACGCUCCAGGGGAGCUGGCCAGGAAUGGGCGCCCCGAGCCCCUGGCCCAGCCCCCCCCAGCGCCAGCCGGACGAGAAGCCCCCCAACACCGAGGAGCCCAAGAGCCCCUGGCAGCGCCCAAGAAACCCCCCAAGGAGGAGCCGGUCCUGCCUCCCAAGGAGGAGCUGGCCCUGCCCCCCAAGGAGGAGGCGCCGCGCCGGGCCGAGCGCCCCUCGCGCCAGCCGCACGACUUCCACCGGCCGCCACGGCGCGAGGCCAAGACAGAGACACGCUGGGGCCCCCGGCCGGGCAGCAGCCGGCGGGCGGACGAGCCGCCGAGCGGCGAGAAGCCCCCGCGCAGAGCCGGGCCCAUCAAGAAACCUGCGCCCCCCAAGGAGGAGGCUGAGGAGCUGCGCCCCAAAGCCAAAGAGGGCACCGAGCCAGCGGGCGCCAAGCCGGACCCACAGCCCGGCCCCAAGGAGCCCCCCAAGCCAGGCAAGGAGGCCAAAGCCAAGGUGCUGGUGAACGGCAGUGUGGCGGGGCCCCCCAAGGAGCCACAGGGGGCGCUGUCGCCCACCCGCCGACGCCGGGAGUGCCCCUAUGACCGCGGGGGCGGAGGCUACAUGGGGCGCGGGCGCGCCCGGGGGCGGGGGGAGUACUUCGCCCGGGGGCGUGGCUUCCGGGGCGCCUACAGCGGGCGCGGCCGGGGCAGCGGGGGCCGGGGCCGCAGCAGGGAGUUCCGCAGCUACCGGGAGCCAUUCUACCGCCUGGAGGAGGGGCCGGGGCCCCCAGGUGGCGGGGGCGGCGCCCGGCCCCGCAACGCCAGCGAGACGCGCAGCGAGGGCUCCGAGUACGAGGAGAUCCCCAAGCGCCGGCGCCAGCGUGGCUCGGAGACCGGCAGCGAGACCCACGAGAGCGCCAGCGACGUGGCCCACUCGGACAAGGAGGCUGCCCCACCCCCGCUGGCCCCCCAGCCCGUCAAGGAGGAGCGGCACCGGGGCCCGGCCGCCCUGCCCCGCUUUGCUGACAAGAUCCCGCCCCGCCUCUCGGAGCCAGGAGCCCGCGGCGGCCGCAUCUUCACCCCCCGCGGCGUGCCCUCUCGGCGUGCUGGGGGGGGGCGCCCCCCAGCCAGCACCUGGAGCCCCCCGGCCAAGCCCCCGCCCGGGAAGAAGCCGGAGAAGCAGGAGCCGGAGGCCACGCCGGAUUCGCCCGGCAAGGAGAAAGCGGCGCUGGGGCUGGCUCUCCCGGUGCCAGAGGAUCUGGCCGCGUUCCAGGCUCCCCCCCAAGCAGCAGGGGCCGCCCCCCAAUGGCGCCGGAUCGCAGCUUCGAGCGGCCCCCCCCGUCGGCGGCGCCACGGCCGCUCGCAGCAGCAGGACAAGCCGCCCCGCUUCCGGCGGCUGAAGCAGGAGCGGGACAACGCGGCCCGGCUCAAUGGGGAGCAGCGGGGCGGGCCGGGGGCCCCGCCAUACCUGCCACCCCCCACCCCGGCGGAGGAAACAGCCUCCCGGCGCCCAGCUGGUGCCAAGUCCCCGGACCUGUCCAACCAGAACUCGGACCAGGCCAACGAGGAGUGGGAGACGGCCUCGGAGAGCAGCGACUUCACCGAGCGCCGGGGCGGUGGGCCGGGCGAGAAGGAGCCGGGGGGCCCCCCGCCCCAAGCCUUCCUGAAGGGGGGCGGUGGGGGCGGCACACCGUCCCUGGGGGGCCGGGGGGCCAGCGCCGACCUGACCCUCGCCCAGCGCAAGGAGAUGUCCAAGCGCAGCUUCUCCAGCCAGCGGCCCGGCAUGGACCGGCAGAACCGGCGCCCCAACCCCGGGCCCGGCAGCGGGGGCAAGGCCGGGGGCCGCGGGGGGCCCGGUGGGGGCCGCGGGGAGAAGAGGACCUGGCCCUCGCCCAGGAACCGCAGCCGCCCGGCGGAGGAGCGCCCCCCGGGCCUGAGCCUGCCGCCUGGGCCCACCACCAGCGCCGUCUACCGGCUGGACCACGUUGUGCCCAGCGACCCGGCCGGCAUCCAGCAGGCCCUGGCCGACCUGAGCAGCCGUCACGGUGCCCGCGCCAAGCAAGCCCCGCCCGGCACCACCCACGCCUCGGGCCCCACGCCGCCGGCUCCUUUCCCCGCCCACCCGGGCGGCUACAGCCGAGAGCCUCUGUUCCUGGCCAAGGCCCAGCUGCUGCAAUCGGGCGCCAGGGGCCUGGGCGACGUCCCCGGGGUUAACGGCUUCCUCCCCCGGCGCCGGGACCGGCCCCACAAGCAGGAGGACCCCCUGGGCUAUUCCCACAGCCCCGGCUUCCCCGGCCCCAAGCAGGACCCCCCGGGCGCCCACCUGGGCCCGCGCGGCAGGAGCAGCUCCUCCGAGGGGCUGGCGCCCCACAUCUGGAGCCGGCUGCAAUCCAGUGCCCCCAGGAAAAGCUACCGGCCCAGAUCCGUGGAGCCCUGGAUCGACCCGUUAAAUGCCUUUGAAGACGUCGUCAGCACGGAGAUGAGCCAGUCGGACAGCGGGGUGGAUCUCAGCAGCGACUCUCAGGUCUCGUCCGCCAGCUGCAGCCAGCGCAGCUCCCCCGACGGCGGGCUGAAGGCGACCCCCGAGCCUGGCGUGGGGGGCACGCGGGGCCCCGAGUCCGUGGUCCCCGGGGCCGAGGGGGCCGCGCCCCAGGAGCAGGGCAGGAGGCCGGCGCCCAACGACACCAGCCCUCACAAGGACAAGAAGCAGGCCGGCAGCCCCCCGGCUCUCCCCCGGGCCCCUCCCGGCCCGGGCCCCAUUGGGACGGAGCGCUCCCAGCGAGCCGAGAUGGCCAGGGAGAGCGGGGGGGGGUCCGAGCCCGGCCCGGAGCCAGCGACCCCCAGCACCGGCCCCCCCAUCCAGUUCGGGGCCAGCGACAAGGACACUGACCUGGGGCUGCUUGUGAGCGAGGGCAACAAACCUGGCAAGGAGCCCCCGGCCCCGGGCCUCACGGAGGGGCUGGCGGGCGUGUCCCGGGAAUGGGAGCUGCUCCCGCCCCCCAGACCCAGCCUGGCCCCCCAGCCCAGAGCCCUGGCCCUGGGGCCGGCCCCCUGCCCCCCCGCGGAGCCCUCGGCGUACUCAGGUGAGAGGGGGCCGAGCCAGCGGCCCUACCCCGAGCUCUUCUACGGCAGCCAGCCCGGCGUGGCCCAGGUACCCUCCGUCUGGCCGGGGCGGGGCAGGGGGGCUGGCCGGGGGGCUGGGCGGGGGGGGCUGGCCCUCUGUCUGACCCGCGCCCUCUGCCCCCCCCAGCAGGUGCCCAGCCCCCCCGUGGAGUCCCAGCUCAACGGCAGCUUCCGCCCGGGGACCCCUUCGCUGCAUCCGUACAGAUCCCAGCACUUGUACCUGCAGCCCGGCCCGGCCCCCGGCUCCCCGGCGGCCCCCGUCCUGCCCGGCUCGGCCCUGCUCUCGGGGGUGGCCCUCAAGGGGCAGUACGUGGAGUUCUCGGCCCUGCAGGCGGCCGAGCUGGCCAAGCUGCCGGCCACGGGGCUGCUCUACCAGGCGGCCCCCCCCUUCCUCUACAGCCCCCCCUUCUGCGCCAGCCAGCUGGGCCCCGAGCAGCCCCUGCUCCAGGUGCGGCAGGAGCUGAACCCCCCCUCGGAUUUCUACCCGGGCUCCCUGCCGCAGGCCAACCAGAGCAACUUCCUUCAGGGCCCGGGCCCUGCCCAGCAGAUGCUGAUGCCCAUGGUGGAGUCGCAGCUGCCCCCGGUGGUGAACUUCGGCUCCCUGCAGCAGGGGGCGCCAGCCGCCCCCCCGCCACUGCCCCUGGUGCCCGUCACCCCGGCCCUGCGGCCCCCGGGGCAGCUGGCCGGGCGCCUGGUCCCCUCGGCCGUCCGCACCUUCCCCCAUGGCAUGGGGCGCACGGAGCUGCACCCCAUGGAGAUGAAGCCCUUCCCCGAGUACCGGAAGCUGAGCAGUCCGGGGGGGCGAGCCCCAGCAGUGGGCAGAGCCUGUGCGGGCCCCUUCAGCUCCCGCCUGCGGGCCCCAGUCUCCCCAUCGGACGUUCUCUGCUGGACCCCCAGGCCCUGGGAGCGCCACCCCCCACCCCGCGAGGGGCUCCCCGCCCGCCGGCCCCCCAGCCAGAGUGACAAGCAGGAGCCUGGCCUCGCCCACCAGCGCUAG